AUGAAGCGGCCUCUGUUCGAGACACUGCGAAUUGUCUGUCUCUUUACCCGAUCACGAAACCUCCAUCAGAGAUAUGCCCGCAACAAUCAAAGCUUCGUCUCUGCUUCAUCUUUCACCAAGGCAACAACCUCCAUCAUGACCUCCACAUCCAGCGGCAACCUCGACACCUCCGCCGCCGACCGCGGGGGUUUAUACGGAAACCUGCAGAAUCUCGCCUGUGUUUCCGUCGGCGUCUGCAGCGAUCUGGCCAGAAAUCCAGGCGUGCCCGUUUGCGCGGAAGGCUUGAGGCUGGUGUUUGUUAGGAUGCAGUUAUGA